GCGUACCUGACGUCAGCGUGAAUAGAUUAAAUCUGCAGGACCCACAGGUGUGCGUACCUGACGUCAGGUUUGCUUGUUUGGGAUUUUAUUGCAAUUUUAACGGUAAAAGAAGACAAAAUGCCGAGCCGACGGACCAAACUGGAAGGAAAUAUUGAAAAUAAACACCAGCUGAGUCAGGAAAUGCGACACAAGAGACUGACGCUAUUUAUCCAACAGUUUGAGAAAGAAGCACAAGACCGCAUUAACUACUUGGAGUUCAAAUUGGAGAGCCUGUUGGCAACAGUGGACAAAGUGUUUAAAGUGGAGCUGAUGAAGAUGCCUCCUUCUCUUCAAAACACUCUCAUCAGGGAUCUGAUCAGCGAGGAGGAAGUCUCAGCCAGUGAGGUGUCUAUUGCCAUAAUGAGCGAGUCCCGUGAAAUGGCUCAGCCGCUCAGGCGAAUCCCCAGUAAAAAAUUAAAAUCAACUGACUCUCCACCAGUGUUGUCCACCCCAAGCCAGAGGUCUUCUACCAGGAAUCCAAAGACCGGUAAAGCCAAAACAAGGACUAGACAAUUGGUUGGAAGCAACAGCACUGGAAAUCUCAUGGGUUCCUCGGUGACGGCCAAACGACCCCAGAGCUGUUUGAUGAGUCGCAAAACUGCUGAACAGCCGGUACAGAUCCAGAAAACGCGUAAACUCAGGUCUGUUGUGUCUGCUGGUGAUCUGCAUUGUUCAAUGGGAGAAUCCACAGCCCACAUCACUGUGACCACCGCGCAGGGAGAGAUGUUAAGUUUUUCUGAAGAGAAAAAGGAUGAAAUAAACUUGGAGUUGCUUGAUGACGUUGCUUGGUGCCAGAUUCAGAAGCUUACGGGUCUCAUGGAGUAUUUAUCUCAGCGGAGUCGCUCUCAGCGAUAAAAAUGUCUCAACGUCCACUUUUGACCUGGACUGAGCCUGCUCACCUGCUUCGCUUUUUAUAUUUAGUAAUUUGUUCAAGAUGAGUUAUAACAAAAUGUGUAAUAUUAAGAAAUAUAAAUAUCAUGGUGUUUUUUUUUUAUGUAAUAAAGUUUACUAGUGUUAUAUGAUUGUUAAAUCUGUCCUGUCUAAAUGGAAAUGUUUAAUUUUUUUUUGUUCUAAAUGUUUUACCAUUUAAUUAGUAUCUUAUAUUUGUUAGAAAUUAUUUGAUUAAAUAAAAGUUAAUAUACAAUG